AUGGGUCUCACAUUCUCGAAGUUGUUCGACAAGCUAUGGGGAAAGAAGGAGAUGAGAAUCUUGAUGGUCGGCUUGGACGCUGCCGGAAAGACCACCAUCCUUUAUAAGCUGAAGCUUGGCGAAAUCGUGACGACGAUUCCAACCAUUGGUUUCAACGUUGAGACAGUCGAGUACAAGAACAUCCAGUUUACCGUAUGGGAUGUUGGUGGGCAGGACAAGAUCCGGCCCCUUUGGAGGCAUUACUUCCAGAACACCCAGGGUAUCAUCUUCGUCGUGGACAGCAACGAUCGCGACCGUGUGGUCGAGGCUCGUGAGGAGCUGCAGCGGAUGUUGAACGAGGACGAACUGAGGGACGCGCUCCUCUUGGUCUUCGCUAACAAGCAGGAUUUGCCGAACGCCAUGAACGCGGCCGAAAUCACCGAUAAGCUUGGCCUGCACAGCCUCAGGCAGCGCGCUUGGUACAUUCAAUCUACCUGCGCCACCUCCGGUGACGGUCUCUACGAGGGUCUAGAAUGGCUGAGCAAUUCACUCCGCAAGGCUGGCCACAACUAA